CGAAACACCCCACCCUGCGACCCAUCGUACCGACCGGUUAAGUUAGAAUAGGUUAGGUUAGCUCGCGGAGCUCUCGCAUCGCGCGCGCAACGUUCGACGGGUAAUGCCUCGAAUCCAAUGAGAGAAACUACCUUCUAGGGGCAUCGGCUAACUUUGUCUCUAGAACUUUAGAAUUCUCCUAUUGGACGCCGGUUGUUGACAUAUCUCACGUCACGACCUGUCCCGUCGCGAACGAAGUGUCAAACAACAAGGAUUAAUCGCGCUCAAUGUCAAAUGAUAACCAAUGUGAGAGAGAUGCAUGCGUUAAACCAUGAUUUCGACGGAGAUUAAGGACAUCCUCGCGUUAUCCGCAUCGAUCUGCACGGUUUUACAGUUUCUAGCUGGCGUAUUAGUAUGCAAGAAAUAUAUUAAAAAUGGUACAACCGGAGACAGCUCAGUCUUGGCGUUUGUGACAUGUUUUAUGUCUUGCAGUCUAUGGUUGAGAUAUGGCACCCUCAUCAGGGACUUUUUUGUUGUAUGUGUAAACUUCUUUGGAAUGUUAUUGCAAAUAUGCUACAUCAUCAUUUUUACUUUAUACAGCCUAAAAAGGUGUACUACCCUCAGACAGUUUGCGGCUGCACUUACUUUUAUUUUAAUCGUAUAUCUCUAUAGUGGUUUCCAGAAAGAUGAGGCCUUGGUUACAAAACAAAUAGGAUUUCUUAGCUGUAGUCUGACUAUAUUAUUCUUCGCGUCACCGUUGGUUCUGCUCGCGCAUGUAAUAAGGGCAAAAAACACAGAGAGCUUACCUUUCCCGGUCAUAAUGGCCUCUAUGGUAGUGUCCUGUCAAUGGUUUGCAUAUGGAUGUUUGAUAGAUGAUCAAUUUAUACAAAUACCAAAUUUCAUGGGUUGUGUUUUGUCUGGUUUUCAACUCUGCCUGUUUUUAAUUUACCCAAACAAACAGCCGGAUCAAGCCUAUUUUAUAUGAAAAUAUUGUACUUCCUACUCCGUAAAUUAAUUAAAUUAAUCAGUACAAAUGCUGUAAGAAAUUGUA